UCCUGUGUUUGCGUUGUUUGUACCAUUUUAUUCCUCCAUUCCAAGAGUGCAGGUGACACAAGUAUUAGGCCACUUUUCUAUCACAAACAAGACGCUGGUCUAUAUACUGGGUUUACAGCUCUUAACAUCUGGUUCCUACAUCUGGAUUUUAGCCUUAAGUGGAUUGGUUUCUGGGAUUUGCUACAAUAGCAGUACAUUAAAAGUUCAUCGAAUUCUUUGUGUACCCAGCUGGGUAGCAAGGAUAUUUUCUUGGACUCUUGAACCAAUCUUCUCAUCUGCGGAACCAACGAAUGAAGUUCGAGUGGGAAUGGGAGCAACAGUUGACAUCCAGAGGCAGCAGAGAAUGGAGUUACUGGAUCGUCAGAUCAUGAUGUCUCAGGUUGCCCAAAUGAGGCGGCAAAGGCAGCAGCAGGGUGGGAUGAUUAACUGGAAUAGACUGUUUCCUCCUUUGCGUCAUAGACAUAACGCGAAUUAUCAAGAUCAUCACCCAUCUGAUCAAGACACACCUCCACCUACCGAGGUUUCUGAAGAGCAGGUUGCACGACUUAUGGAAAUGGGUUUUUCCAGGGGAGAUGCUCUAGAAGCUCUGAGGGCUUCAAAUAAUGACUUAAACGUAGCCACUAAUUUUCUACUGCAGCACUGAUGGUUUUCUGUGUGAAGGAACUUCCCUCAGUGGGUUUGUACACGUCUGAAAGAGGAUCAAAGCCACCUGCUGGACAGACUCACGAAGGUCCUACCCACAAGAGCGUCAGAAAAGAGAAACUGGCUCCCCGUGACCAGUGAUUCAAAGUGAUGUUCAGGAAUGACGUGAACUGUUCCCAAGCCUUCAGAUCACUUGGUGGUUUCUAGUCUGGUUAUCCUUUUCAGAGUAACUUUAGUUUCUACUUAUUACUGGAUAUCACAUAAAUUUAUUUUUAAAAUAAAGUAGGUGGGGUUUUGUUUUUUCCUUGUAAAUCCUUGUUAAACAUGUUAUCAGACUUAAUGACUAGGAAGAGAAGCUCCAACAACCACAGCGACUAGAUUUACCCAUGAAGAAAAUUUGUAUUUUCUUCAUUUACCAGUCUAAUUUCUCUAGCUUACAUGUUAUUUUACAGGACUUGAUUAUUGAUUACAGUCAUAAGAGUUUUGAAGAUCACUUCAUUUUCAACUCAGUAAAAGGUUAUGGGACGACUGUGUCAUUCUUCAGAAAGUUUUAUUAAUGCCUGUAAUAUUUUCUCUCUUGAAAUCCUUUUUAAAUAAAAGUUGCUGUUCAGCACACCAUA